GCAGAAAAGGGAGACUUUCGAAUUUAUCGCGGUGCAGCGCAGUUUAGUUUUGUUUAAGCGGAAAAAAUUGAUUUUGAAACAUAAAUAUUUCGCUCAUUAAAAAAAAUGAACUUUGUGCAGGAAAACAACCACGUUCUGUACAUAUGGAAUGGGACAAUCAGUGGGGAUAUAGAACAGGAAGUGAACCAACUGAAAGCCAUUCCAAACGUGCAGGUGAACGUAGAGAAUGCUGAUCGUGUUCUACUUGCUGGUUACGGACAAUCGCAGUUUGAUGUGGUGCUGGCGAACGUUCCAUCGGAAAACGCCGAAAUGGCAUCUAGUUUGCUCAAGUUGGUGAAACCGAAGGGCAAGGUAGUGUUCAAGGAUGACUCAGCGAAUGCCGAUGCGACCCGUUCGAACUUGCUGAUGUCUGGCUUUAUCAACAUCACAUCACUGGAGGGCAAUGUUUUUGUCGGAGAAAAACCGAACUACGAAAUUGGAUCGGCGGCCAAGCUGUCCUUGGGAGGAGGCAACAAAGCGAAGGUGGCCGCCGUUUGGAAACUGGAUGUCGAUGACGAUGAAGACGAACGCAUAGACGCGGAUGAGUUGCUGGACGAGGAAGACAAGAUCAAACCAUCGGCCGAGUCACUGAGAGUAUGCGGAACAACCGGCAAACGCAAGGCCUGCAAGGACUGCUCAUGCGGUCUGGCCGAGGAACUUGAGGCGGAAACGAAAGGAUCUGCUGUGGCAAACAAAGAAGCGAAGUCAUCAUGUGGAAGCUGCUACCUGGGAGAUGCAUUCCGUUGUGCCACCUGUCCGUAUCUUGGGAUGCCUGCUUUCAAGCCGGGCGAAAAGAUUCAACUGUCGGACACUCAGAUGCGCGCCGAUAUUUGAGGUAAACAAUAUUUCCAAGUGUAUGCGAUAACUGAAUUUGGAGAAUGAACGAGAAUAAUAUUUGAUUUUGAUGCAGUAU